AUGUUGGGUGAUUUGAAUGGUCAUGUUGGGGCGGAUGCAGACGGGUAUGAAGGUGUACAUGGGGGAUGGAGAUAUGGUAUACAGAAUGAGGAAGGGCGCAGAGUGUUGGAGUUGGCGGAUGCACAAAGCAUGGUGGUGGGGAAUACCUGGUUUACAAGGGGACCAGCACGAUUAAUUACAUAUAAGUCAGAGGAUCAUAGAUCAAUGAUAGAUUAUAUAUUGGUAAGGGCGAAGCAUAGAAGGUAUGUAAGGAAUGUGAAGGCGAUACCUGGUAUGUUGCAGCAUAGUAUGGCUGUGAUGGAUGUGGCAUCAAAAGAAAUGGGGAGGAGGAAGAAGGAUAAGUUUGAAACAAAGAAAAAGAAGAAAAUGUUUCCAAGAAAUAAUCUGGUAACAAACAGCUAUUGCUUAAAGUUAAAAAAAUUCUCUACAGAAGACGAUGAUGUUGAUAGAAAUAGAGAUAAUACCAUGAUGAAACUUGGUUUGCUCAAUGUGAGGUCGUUGUCAAACAAGUCAGUGGUAAUCUAUGAUGCCUUGUUGCAUAACAAAAUUGAUGUUAUGGUGCUUACAGAAACAUGGCACAGAGCGUCAAAUGAUGAUUCGGUAAAAUCUGCUUUGCCACCAGGCUAUGGGUACGAUGAUGCCGUCAGGGAAUUUGAUCCAGCUCAUGGUGGUUUGAUUGUUAUGGUUAAGGAUGUGUACUCCCUCAGGCGGUUGGAUAUUCCUAAACUAACAUCGUUUGAGUGUUUAUGCGUCCAGAUCUCGAUGGCAAAUACACCAGUCAUUCUGAUGGCGAUAUAUCGUCCGGGCUCAAAAGGUGCUGACAAACUGUUCUUUGACGAACUGGGUCAUGUGGUUGAGGGGCUGAUUGUGAAUAACGUUCCGUUGUUGAUAGCUGGUGAUUUUAAUAUUCAUCUAGAGGACGCUGAUGAUUUAAAUGCAAAGCGGAUGGAAGAUUUCUUUGCAACAUUUGAUAUGAUCAGGUUUGUGCAUGGUCCAACUCACGUCAAAAAUGGAACAUUAGAUUUUGUGGCUGCUACAUCGAGUUACGAGAUUACUGAUGUCACCGUGAGAACACCAGGAGAAUUUUCGGACCAUGCCCUUAUAACGUGUUUGUUGCUCAUGCAAAAGCAAAACUUCUACAACAAAUAA